AUGUCUGAGAUACACGUAGAGGUCGAAAAACUUGACAGCAACAAGGUGUCUGUUCAUCCGCACGCCGCGCUCUUUAAACGUCCGACAGGAUGGAGGAGGUACUACUACCACCCCAUCACCCAAGUGUCGAUGUUGGGAUUCGUGUGUUUCUUGGGCCCCGGCAUCUUCAUUGCACUGACUGGUCUCGGUGGCGGAGGCCAAGUCAACAGUAAAGUCCAAGCUAACGCCAGCGCGAUUUUGUAUGCGACUUUUGCAUUUUUUGGAUUAUUCUCCGGUUCCAUUAACAAUGUCCUCGGCCCUCGGUGGACUCUGAUACUUGGAACGUUGGGCUACUCGUUGUAUAUUGCUUCGUUCCUUGUUAUCAACAUCCAUCCUGACGCGAGUGCUUUCGUUAUCGCCGCCGGUGCCAUCCUUGGUAUCUGUGCAGCUUUGCUUUGGACCGCGCAGGGUUCUUUGAUGAUGGCGUACCCCACAGAGGCUCAGAAGGGCACGUUCAUCUCUAUCUUUUGGACAAUCUUCAAUCUUGGAGGGGUCAUGGGUUCUGCUGUAGCAUUUGGAACCAGUUUCAAUCUUGGCAAUGGCACAUAUGUUGGCUUCCUGAUUUUGACCCUCGUCGGCGUAUUCCUCCCACUAUUGAUGGCAAACCCAAACAAGGUGAUUCGUACGGACGGGACUCACGUGAAUCAGGUCAGCUACCCAUCGUGGAAGACGGAGGUGUCCCGCUUGUACGUGGCGCUUAAGACCGACCCUUGGAUUAUCUUCCUCUUCCCGAUGUUCUUUGCCAGUAACUACUGCUUUACCUGGGAAUACAAUAAUUACAACGGCGCGAUAUUUACUAUCCGUGCUCGCGCCCUGAAUAGCUUGAUGUCCUAUACGUCGCAGGUCUUUGGAUCUAUCUUCCUCGGUUACUUUAUUCUUGACCAGAAAAGGGUCCGGCGUAGAGUCCGUGCCCUCUACGGCUGGAGCCUCGUAUUCUUUGUGGUUUUCGCUUCCCACGUCUGGGCAUAUUUCUACCAGAAGACAUAUACCCGCGCUGAAGCCAUGAAGGAUGCUUACAAGAUCGACAUCAUAGACGGAACCUAUGUUGCACAUGUCUGGGUCAUGAUAGUCCAUGGCUUGCUGGAUUCAAUGUUGCAGACAUAUGCAUACUGGCUAAUAGGCGCGAUGUCGAACGACCCUGCCAAGCUGGCCUCCCUGCAAUCAGCGGGUGCGGCAGGCGCAUGGAGUGCUGAUGCUGCUGGAAUCCCAUAUAUGAACAUCUUCCUAUCGACUUGGUGCCUAAUGGUCGGCAGCAUGAUCUUUGCCGCACCAAUGGUAUACCUUCGCGUUACCGAUCAUACGGACGUAGAGGAUGAGACUGUGAGUACCCCCACUCCAGGGGUGGAGUAGCGCCGCAUAGUUUAGUCAGUUACCUUCGGGCUUUGUCGUAGCGUAGUGCUUUUCACCACUUCUUGGACACGCAUGCACAGUCGCGGUUACAUUGCUCAGCGCUCCACCAUGAUUGCCAAUAUAAUGCACCUGUCACUAGUGUUGAUGUCCACUACAGUGUGCGAGUCGCAAACGUAGAAAGUAUUAGGACUUGUCAGAUUGACUCGCCACUGAUUAAGUCUUAAAAUGUACAGUAACUGACAAGCACAAAAGAGUACGAACGCUCUAAUCAAGUCGGUUUGCCAUUUUAAGCGGGUCGACAGUCAUAGCGCAUUCGUCGUGUAACCUCAGAAAUCAUCUGGAGCGCCAAACGUUCCUCCUUUCGUCUUGAACGCCCCUCUCUUCCCACCUCUCUUCCCACCUCUCCCUCGGGAAGUGGUGCUCGAAGACUUUGAAGCUCUUGAAGUAGAUUUUGGGCGCUUUGAUGGCCCAGGCCCACCACUAUCAGGACAUU